AUUACCGUUGUCUCGACGCGUCAUAAAAAGUGACCACGCCCCCGCCCCCAAACACCGCCCCCUCUGAAAAGCAAUCGUUGAUUAUUUCCACGGAAAAUUUCACUUUGCAUCGAAAGCUAGUUUUUGCAUAAACACACAGUGCCCACCGGACUUGGACUCGAUUUCCUAAGACCCCCGACUAUAGGAUGGACCUCCAUUUAACAUUAUAUACUGCAUAUAUCUAGCAUUGAGAUUCUCGAGCGUGGAAUUAACAUAAAGUUUUACCCCCCGGCUGGCCUCCAAUUAGAAACUGCCAUAAAUGCAUAAGAAUUGUGCAGUGAAGUCCAUUCAAAGACUUAAUUAAGAAUUAUUAAUUAUUUAAUUACCCUCACGCAAGCCAAGGUCGUUGGCUAAAAUGAUAAAAUGCGAUAUUUUCCAGAAGUUUUACCUCUCACCCGUAAGAGACCAAUAGAAAACAAACUAAUCAAGUAAAAAAUCUCAUAAAUAAUUGCAAGAAAAAACCGAAUACAAACAAAAAACGGCAAACCUCCAGAGCCAAGAUAUAUUAUAUGCUUUCGUGUUUAUAUAGCAAAGAGACAGAGAUUCAAGAAGAAACCCGUCUGACCCGUCCUACCAAAAACAAUUUCUCGCUCUCGACUAAAUUCGCCAGCAAAGCCAUCAAUAAAAAUACAAAUAAUACGUAUACGCAGCAACAAAAAUGCAAAUACUGGACAACAAAUAAUUUAACGAUAAUUUACAAAACGCCCGAGGCAUAAAACAAAACAAAAAGUUUAAUAAGAAACCAGUCAAAUUGGAAAUUACACAGAAACCAACAACAUUUCGGAUAAGGCUGUUUUUUAGAGGAGUAACGAAAAUGUCUCGGUCGACGUCGCAGUCGACGUCGCUGCUUCUCGGCCGCAGCUUCUUUUUCUUCGUCACCAUCAUUUUUGGCGGCUGCUUUGCACAAGAUACUUCCAGCUACUAUUUCCCAUCGCAAAAUCGAUUUGUGCCAUCGUCCGGAACCUUUCCGCGCCCACAGCAGCCGCAGUCGUUGAGUGGAUUUCGGGCUUCAUCUGGCGGAUUUGCCCCAUCGCCGGGUUCCUACCAGGAACAGCUCCUGUUUAUAGCCAACGAAAAUGCCAAGCAAUCUGCUCCGGCGCCCAGUUCGCCAUUCGGAACUCCAUUUGGCGGCAGUAGUUCCCAGUUUGCGAAACCGAAUCGCCAGACGGACUAUUACGAUAUCUCGCCACGCCCCUUUGGAGUGCCGGCGGCAGGGGGCGGCUCGGCGGGACUAGGAGCGGCGGCAGCGGGAUCUGGUGCAACGUCCGCAUCGCUGACCAACGGCUUCACACGCUCCAAGGCGAUACGGAAUGGAUCGGGAAAUAGCUUGAACGGCGGAUUCCAGCCGCAGACGCAGCGCAUCAAUGUUCCCCACCAGCAGACGCAAUUUCUGGCCCACUUCAGCGAAUCUGGGAACGAAAAGCGUCCGGUGACCAGCAGUCGUCCGUCGUUCGGCAAUGGAGGAUUCUCGCCCAGCAGGACUCGAACUCAGUCGCCUGUUUCGGCGAUACCAGAGAAUCCAGCCACUCCGGCAGCCACACCUUUUAGACCCCGCAAUCGCUAUCAGCCGGGCAGCUCCACUGCCUCCACCACGACCACCACCACGGGCAGUGCGGAGGUGAGCAGCAAGCGGUACAAUCGAUUCGGCAGCAACCGUGGCAAGUCCACCACCACCACGAGCACCUCGACCACCCAGAACACUCCCUCGGAACGACCCAGUUUUGGGCGAAAGCCCAUUCCGAAUCCCAGGCGACCGGCCUUCAUCAGUCGCGAAGUUAACGAACCAGUGAAUGCCGUCAGCAAACGACCCUUCAACUACAGUGGAGCCAGGCUAAAGUUGCCGGCCAGACCCACAGCUCGCACGACUAGUACUACAGAGAGUGCAGAGGAAGAGGAGGAGGAGGCUUUGGAUGAAGAGCAGGAAGAUGAGGAGGAAGGCAGCGAUGAGCUGUAUGAACAGGAGUCAGACGAAGGUACCGAAGAGCACUCGGAGUCCUCCAGCUUAGAGAAGUUACCACUGCAGGAGGAGAGUGUAACCCCGGUGACGGUGGCCAAGAAUGAGGCAUCCCCACCUGUGGUGGAACCCUCCGAACUCACAACCCUUUCCGAAGUGGAUCAUGAAAGCACCAGCUUGAGCAGCACCGAAGAAAGCCAAACGGAUGUCUCCGAGGUCACCGAGCCAGAGAUUGAGGUCACCACUUUGCCGGCAGUUAAAGAGGAGAUCGAGGAGAUUGCAGAAGAAGCCACCACUAUUUUGCCACAAGAGAACCAAUCCACCGAGGAUCUCCAUGUGGAAGAGCAAACCGCAACCACUGAACAGCCAGUGGAGAGCACCUCCAAACAAGAAGAAAUCGAAGUCAACAAGGUCGAGGAUAACGUAUCGAAACAAGAAGAACCAAAAUCAUCUAAGCAGGAAGAGCACAGCUCAUCCAAAUCGGAGAAGGAGGAGCACUCCGAGUCCCAGUACGACGAUGAGGGAGAGGGUGAGGACUACGAAUACGAUGAUGAGGAGGGAGGAAGUGAGGACUCCACCAAGGAAGUGGAGAGUCAGGACUCCAGGCCAUCCACACCCAGUGGCGAACACGAAGAAGAUCGCGAAAUCAUAUCGGUGGUGACCACCAAGAGCGUGGUCAAUGGAUCCACAGUGCUACCAGCGCCAGUUACUCCCGCCUCCAAUUCUGUAACUGAAGAGGAGGUGCAAGAGGAGGAUCUGAAACUGGAAACCACCACUCCCAUAACCUUAGAAGAGGAGGAGAAGGGCAGCAAUGCCACCGAGAACUAUGUGGUUGUGGCCUCCAUCCAACCCAGUCGUAGCAUCAAUGGAGCCCGCUUCCUGCCCUUCCCGGCCAUCGAGCAGGAGGAGACCAAGCAGACCCUCUCCGAGCUGGAGAGGAAGGUGCACUCCAAGCAGCAGCAGAGCCCGGCUCAAAAGCAAUCCGAGAGCAGCGCCGAGGAGCAGGCGGCCAGUUCCUCCUCCUCCUCCGUUCAACCUCCGGUGGCUGCCUCCACGGAGAGCAUCAUCGACAAGCUGGAUCGCGUGCAAUCGGAGCUCUCGAGUGGUCUGCUAUCCGGCAAGUACCCCAUUAUCAGCCAGAUGGACUCCUCCACCCCGGCAACUAGCACCACCGUAGGUACAGGGGGCGGAAAGUUUGUUCCCCACAUCAGGAAGUACCAACCCAGGACCACAUCCUCGGCUCCCCGAACCACGAGCAGUGGCAGCAAGGUGAAGGUGCAGCACUUCGAUGACGGGGAAAUGGACGAGCUGGCCACCCUGCUCCCAGUGGGCUUCAAACCGCGACCCAGUUACAAGAACCGAAAGAUAACGACCACAACCUCGACGACAGAAGCACCGCCAGCUGAACUGACAUCCAAACCGAAACCAGGUCGCAACUCCACCAUCAGUCGGUCGUUUAAGAGUGGUCAGGUCACAGUGCAGGAUGUGGCCCAGGCGGGUCUUCUGCCCAAGGGUUACAAACCACCCAGGACAACCUCGACUACCACUACGACUACUGGGAAACCGGAAGAGAGUAGUCCUUCUGGACUGGAGAGUCUCUUUAGCGAAAUUCAGUUUGAUGAAAAGUUGGCUUCACUCCUUCCCAAGGACUACAAACUGAGCAGUACUCCCAAGCCCAAGCAGGCAAAUACCACCACCACCUCCAGUCCCUCAAGUACUCCACGGAAUCUACCAGUUGCUGUUCCUUUUGAUGAUCUGAGCACCUUCCAGCUGCCUCCGGGUUACAAGGCUCCCGAGGCAAAGGAGGAACCUAAACUUCCACUAGGUGUGACUCCUAUUAAAAUAGAUAACCUGAAGGAUCUUCUUCCUCCUGGAUUUAAACUAAACGAAACGGAGAGCGAGACGAGCGAUGAGAUACCAGCUUCCCUGCUGCCACCUGGCUACAAAGCCAAAAAACUGCAUCCCGCCUCCACCACCUCCACUACAACGACAACCACUGGUAAACCCAAGGUGAUAGCUUCCAGCACCACUGAAGCUACAGCUGCUACGGAAACUGCUGGAGGAAAUGGUGGCUUGAAGGUGGUGUUCCCCAAGGGCUUCCACAAGAGAGUGGGCUCGCACCGCUUGACCACCCCUCAUCCCUCAGCAGAGGGAGCUCCCUCUACAGAAUCCUUGAACUCAGGCCUUCAGGUGAUGAUCAAAAAGGGUCCACCAACCAGGGCGACCACCGAGUUCACCGGCUGGCCAACGCCGCCCACAACUCCCUUAUCAAUUGACAAACUCAAUGCCCAGACCAUCAACUUUGAGGAUCUGCUAACGGCCAGUGGAACCAGUAGCACCACGAGCAGCACCACCACCUCGACGAGCACCACCACCACGACCACGCCACGACCCACGAAACCGGGUCACUGCACCGCCGACUGCGAUCUGGCGGCCACUAUCAAGAUCAUCGAUGGUGUGGCCUGGAAGCCGGAACUCCUGGAUCACAACACCUUGGAAUGGAAGAAUCUGGCCCACGAGCUGGAGGCACAGCUCAAUGACGUCUAUUCGGGAGCCCCGCAGCUAAACAAGUGGUACAAAAAGGUGCGCAUUGAUAGCUUCAGCAAGGGCAGCGUCCUGGUGGACUACUACGUGGAACUGGCCAACAUAACCGAGGAUGUGGAUACUCUGGAGAUUCGACAACUCUUCCACGAUGCCCUCAGCAAGCCAGCCACUCCCGUUUUACCCGACAAGGAUGCCCAGGAGAAUGAGACGGACAGUGUGGCAGGACCGCAGGAGGAGCAGCUAGUCACGGCCAGCUAUCAAAUGGGCAAAUACAUCAUUGAUCCGGUGGCCACAGAUUUCAGUGUCAUAGCCAAAAAUCUACACACCAAUGUGGAGUUUGCCGAGGAGGAUUUGCUUAUUCCCCAAUGGGCCAUUGUGGUGAUUGUUAUUGGAGUGGGUUCCCUGGUGUUUGUCGUCAUCUUCGGUGUCACAGUGUUACUAAACCGCCAGAAGAGGGCCAAGAAGACGCCAAUUCCUCUGACCAACGACAUGCUAAACGAGCUAAAGGUCAGCCAUAUGGGUGGAGCCGACAAUUAUGGCGUAGAUGACUUCUACAACAUUGACGAUCCCUGGAAUGAUACCAAGCAACCUAUUAAGCCGAAGCGCUUCACCAACUCGAUGCACGGCAGCAACAGUUCCAAUAUCUACGACAGCUGGCGAUCCACCCGGCAUCCUCACUCCAGCGGGGAUUACUUCUACGACCAGCAGCCGACCUAUUCGCAGAAGGGCGACUCGCUGAAGAGGCCGCAGCUCCAUCAUGGCAACCACGGCGGCCACAACCAGUACCCCGCCAGUCACCACCACCAGGCGUCGCAGCAGCAGCAGGGAUACGGCCACCAGUAUCCGGAUGCCUUCGCCGAUGCCCACCAGAUGUACAGCUACAACAACCACGCGAGUCGGACGCGCUAUUCCCGCGACUAUGAUCCCGACUUUUGAGCGGGCUAUCUAUCUGACUGGACUGGAUUGGAUUGGAUCAUCCAUCCCAUCCGUGCACUAGCUUUAGUAACUUGCGAACGAUUUUGAGUUGUAACUUAAUAGCGUAAAGAAUCGUAGUUGUAAUGCUGCUAUAAUUUAUCGUACUGCCUGCUGGCUUGGCUCAAAAGUCGGACACUUUUCAGUACCCACAGCCAGCCGUAGCUAAAAACUAAGCUAAGCUAUCUAUCUACUUUUGUAUACUUAAUGGAGCUGCUAUAUCUGGAUAUACGUAUGAA